CAGGGACGCGGCGGCUCCGGCGGCAGCAGCAGCAGCGAGCGAGGUGUUUUCUCUUCCCGGCCUUGCCCCGGCUCGCCGGGGGGCGCUGGACGAAGCGCCCCCAACCUCCCUCCCCCGCCCCGAGGCGCCCCUCGCCGCCCUCCAGGAUGUGGAAGCUGGUGCCCGCCGCAGGAAAAGGAGAGCCAUAUCGGCUUUUAAGUGGUACAGAAUAUGUUAUUGGACGCAAAAACUGUGCAAUUUUAAUUCAGGAUGAUCAGUCCAUCAGUCGAAGUCAUGCAAUUCUGACAGUAAGCCGUCCUGAAACAACUCCUAGCCAGUCUCUCUCAGUCCCUAUAUUAACAGUAACAGAUACGUCUAAGUAUGGUACCUUUGUUAAUGGAUCAAAACUCAAUGGCACUUCGGUGUCUUUGCAGUCUGGUGACAGAAUCAACUUUGGAGUCCUUGAGAGCAAGUUUAGAGUAGAGUAUGAACCUUUGGUUGUCUGCUCCUCAUGUUUAGAUGUUGCUCAGAAAACUGCUUUAAAUCAAGCCAUCCAGCAGCUUGGAGGUCUUGUAGUGAAUGAAUGGACAAAGGAGUGUACUCAUCUUGUAAUGGUAUCAGUAAAAGUUACUGUUAAGACUAUAUGUGCUUUGAUUUGUGGUCGACCAAUUAUAAAACCAGAGUUUUUUGUUGAAUUAAUCAAAGCUAUUCAGUCCAGGCAACAAUUGCCACAUCAUGAAAGCUUUUAUCCUCCAGUUGAUGAGCCUUCCAUUGGCACUGAAAAACUAGAUUUAUCUGAGCAUCGUGAAAGGAAAAAAAUAUUCAGUGGAAAAACUUUUGUAUUUCUAACUGCCAAGCAGCACAAGAAGCUGGGUCCAGCAGUUAUUCUUGGAGGAGGGGAAGCAAAGUUGAUGACAGAAGGAAGAAGAGAAACAUCUUUACUAGUUUCUCCUGAAGUUUGUGUUGUUGAUGUGGGGUUGACAAACUCUCAGAUCCCAGGAUCUGAUUCCAUGAGAAACUGGACUGAUUCCAUUCUGACUGUCUUGCAAAGCAAGGAUCUCAGGGCUAUUCCCGAGGCAGAAAUUGGAUUGGCAGUUAUCUUCAUGUCUACGGAAAAAUACUGCAACCCUCAAAAGCAGCUUGGUAACAAAGCUGUAACUAAAGGUACUCCUGCAUCAGCUGUUGUGGGGCGAGCCAUUUCUCAGAGUUUGGCUGUGGAUGAAACCAUAAUGCCAACUGCUGCAGAUAACAGCGCAGUAUAUGUAGCUGAUAAAGAAACAGAAGAGCAGACAUGUAUGGAGAUAGAGAAUACUCCCCAGAUGGAUAGACGAGGGAAAAGGGCUUUCCAGGAUCUAACCGCUGUGAAGAAAAACCCUAGCACAAGUGGCAGUGUAAAUGCAGGAACAUCGAUAUCUGGAGUGAACAGAACUUCUGGGUUUAGUCAAAAAAGUCAUUCUGUCUCGCCAUCUAAAAUUUCAGAAGCUGGUAAACCUAGUGAGUGCACUUCACGUCACCAGUCUAACUCAAUUACAAAUUACUUCCAGGUAGCUAGAAAAAGGGAAAGAGCUGAAGAAGGAGAAGAAACAUCUGUACCUAAACUAGCAAAACUGGAGGAAAGGUCAUUGCCUGUUUCCAAGUGCACUGAACCCACAGCUUCAUCAGUGUGGAACAGUGAAUCAGAACAGCAUCAAAAGGAAAAUAACAUCCUGGACUCAAACCCAAAUUUUGCAUUAGAAGACACAGGAAUAAAGCUUAUGAGGGAAAGUGGCAAACUAGCAAGUGAUAAAACAGACACUAAAACUACUUCUAGUGAAAAGCAUGCACCGAAGAAGAGAAAGGAGUUAAAUGAUUUAUCUGAAGAUACAGAGACACUAGAAAUUGUGUUUGGAAGCAGAGACCUAGAGUGGGAAGACCAAAUGGCAGAUCAUGACCAGGAACCUCAAGGAAAUACACAAAAAAAAAGAUGUUUGGAAGCCAAAGGAAGCAGGAUUCAAGAAGUAAAUGUAAAGCAGAGAGAGGAUAAUAAAAUAUUGGAAGAGGAGGAACGUGGAUCAGUUCUAACUUCGGAAAUGAAAAGUGGGGUCAAGCAAGAGUCACCAGUAUUGAACGACAACAAACUGCAAGAUGACUCCAGCAAUCUUCCUAGCAGACUUCUGUUGAGUGAGUUUAGAUCAUUGGUUGUCAGCCAUCCAACACAGAACAGUCAGCUUACUGGAAAUACCAGCUACGGGGGAAAGAAAAAUUUCAAAAUGUUCAAAAAGGUAGCUUAUCCAGGGGCAGGACAACUUCCGUACAUUAUUGGAGGAUCAGAUUUGGUUGCUCACCAUGCCAGAAAGAAUUCAGAGCUAGAAGACUGGUUAAGGCAAGAAAUGGAGGAACAGAACCGACAUGCAAGAGAGGAAUCGCUUGCUGAUGAUCUCUUUAGAUACGAUCCUAAUGUGAAAAGGAGAAGAUAAAUUGUGACCUGAAUUUACAGUGAUUCUCUGGCAAAAUCGGCUUUCUGUUCCUUAGGUUUGCUGGUUACAGUGUGUAAUAUAUACCUACGUAUGACCAUUUGAGCUAUCUAUUAUUGUAAGACUUGUUUUUAAGUCUUGCUUUUAUUAAAGAAAAAGAAGAGUUUCUUUCGCUGCUUGGUACUUACAGAUUGCAUGUUUUCAAGACCUUAACAUUAUUUGCUUCAGAGUAAUGCUCAUUAAAAUACCAUAGAUACUUAG